AUGAUGAAAUUGCAAUUCCUUUACCCUGUGUUGCUUCUGAGCUCACUUUGCUCCUCCUUGGCCAUGCCCGGUCAAUCGAGCACCAGACGUCUGUAUGACAAGCGAAAUAAUGAUACUGAAACAGAUCCCAUGUAUCAGUUGAGCAAAGAUUCCGAUUUUCACUUCGAAAUCCUUCGUGUCCUCGGGUUUGCGCCAUAUGAAGGUUCUGAUAUAGGAGAGGUUCUUAUUGCAGCGAACCAAAUAAUGCCGGGGGACAUGGAAAGUUUUCAUGAUGCAUUCCAUUCUAUCGCUACUAUUGUUGAUGCCCAAUCCAUGGCAAUUGACGAAACAAAAAACCCGACGUCCGCAAGAAACGCCUUUUUCCGUGCUUCUACCUACUUCCGCUCAGCUGAUUUCUUUCUUCACGGCAACUGGAGUGACCCUCGAAUCUAUUCGCUAUGGGAUAAACAGCUUGCUGCUUUUACUUCUGCCAUUUCCCUUCUUCCUGUUCCUGGGGAAAGGGUUGUUCUGAAGGGUGACGGAUUUGAUAUCCCGGCUAUUUUCUAUAGCAGCGGGCUUCCUGGACCACGUCCUACCAUAAUAAUGUGCAAUGGCUAUGACGGGUCACAGGAAGAGAUGUAUCACUUUAUCGGGAAAGCUGUAAAUGAACGUGGAUGGAAUGCCAUCACCUACGAAGGCCCCGGUCAGCCAACCGUACGCCGCGAACAGAAUCUCGGGUUUAUUCCGCAAUGGGAGAAAGUUGUCACACCAGUUGUUGAUUACGCCUUGACACGGCCAGAAGUUGAUCCUUUGGCCAUCGGCUCAAUUGGAAUCUCGUUUGGCGGGUGGCUCGCCCCCCGUGCCGCAGCAUUUGAACAUCGACUUGUGGCAACCAUGGCCCUCGACGGAGUAUACGACUUUGGACCGUUCAUACUAAGCAAGUUUGGCUCUUAUCUAGAGUCCCUCUUUCACUCCGGCAAUGCAACCGCAUUUAAUUCCUAUAUCGACGAGGCUGUUCAAGAUCCUAACACCACGACUUCCAUACGCUGGGCUAUACAGCAAGGGCUAUGGGCAUUCAAUGCAAAGACUCCCUUUGAGUGGAUUAGCGAAAUUCAACCUUACACUCUGAGUGGAUUGACUCAAAAUAUUUCCAUGCCUGUCUUUAUUGGAGACUCCCAGAACGACAUCUUUUUCCCGGGCCAAGCUAAAGCGCUUGCAGAGCAUCUCGGAGAUAUCUCCACCUAUCAUCGCUUCACAAAUAUGGAAGGUGCAGGUGAGCAUUGCAGUACUGGAGCCGGUGUCAGGCAGAGCCAGGUUGUCCUUGACUGGUUUCAGAAUAUUAUUCAGACCUAA